UUGUGUAAACUAAUUAACCGUAACGUUUUUUUUCGUUUAUUGAAUUGAAAAAUGUCGCUCACGGAUGUUUUUAACUUGAAUUCGUCGCCGAUGUUUGAGAAAAUUCGUGGGAAUUUGCCAUUGGAGCGCCAAAAAAUCCAGCACAUCAUGGAAAGCAAAGGCGAUUUGUUGUAUGUUUGGGACGCGGCGGAAUCAUGUGUGCAUGUGAUGGACUGGCGUUACUAUGACCCAAAAAAUGCCAAUGAAAACAAAUAUCAGACCCUAGUGCCAUCAAUACCACAAGAUUUUAAAGUUGAACGUCUUCACAUAUCACGCAGUGGUAUCAGCAUGGCUUUAGCUGGACCCAAAGGUGUAGCUAUUAUGGAGUUACCACUUCGCUAUGGCAAAUCUGGUCAAUAUAUGAAUGGCAAAGAGAAAAUCACAUGUGGGUAA